UUUCCAUCAUCGGUUGAUCUACUUAUGCUCCCUGUCGAAAUGUCCCUUGACUGAAUCGACAGCGCGAAUCAGACACGGGAUUACCUGCCUAGGAUAAAUCAUCAUGGUGUACGAUGAUUACCGACUCUUUGUGCUCCUCCUGACCACAUCCUCCAUCGUUGCAGCGGUAAGCGAGGAGACUCUUAACGUCUACGCUCUGCUCGGCAGCAACCUAACCUUAUCGCUCGGCCAAAAGCUGCUGAGCUACCAGGAUACAUUGCGGUGGACACACAACAACAAAGUCAUCUUCAGUAGGUCGUUCGGACGCGUCCGCCCGGGUAAGCCGACGGACGUCGACGCGGCUGGAUCCCUCCAGCUGCUCAACCUCAGCGACUCCAGCGCUGGGGACUACAAGGCAGACGUGUACAACUGGACCGGUGUGCGCGUCAAUGGCUGGAGCAGAAAGGUGUACGUGGUCGAGAAAGUGUCGACGCCUGUGGUCACGUUUCUGUGCGGUUCUAGCGGCGCCACGGCCACACUGAAAUGCGACGUUCGCAACCCGAAGUACGUGGUCUUCGCCUGGACCCACGAAGGUCAGCUCCUGACAGGGGAAACAAAGCCCACGCUGAGCGUGUCUUUGGCGAAGUUCAAGGGCGAUAAAGGUUAUGGCUGCAGUGUGAGUAACAGCGCCAGCAAAGCCCAGAGUAACCCUGUCCAGUUAAAGUGCAAGCCGCCGCCGCCGCCUCCGAAGGUCUACUGCUUUAACGCCAGCACAGUAAUGGCCGCCGUGGCUGGAGGAGUCGGUCUGAUUAUGCUGCUCUUCAUCAUCACCGUAGUCGCAUGUUCCCGACAGAAGAAGGCGCAGACGCCGGAACAGCAAGAGGAUCUCCUUAUGGCCCCGGCCGCGGAAGGCAUUCAGGACUAUGAGAUGAUGCAUCCUUCAGGGGAAACCCCAAGACCCAGUCCGAUGCUCAGUCAUGGUCCCUCGCCCACAGUCUACAGCCAGGAGGUUGUACCAUCAGUAGCCAAGGCCCAAGAUGAUCUUGGACCCACAUCGACGGAAGUGAAGCGAGGACCUUCCCCAGUUCCUAAACCCAGGACAAAAGCCCCUAAGGCCCCUGAGAAAUGAGGAAUCAGCUUCAGCAUUUAUGUCAACAGAUGAUUUGAUAAUUAUCAAGUUGCAUUGUUUGCUAUAUUAUUGGGUAAAUGUUUAUCUGUGAUUAUUAUUAAGUAAUUGUUGAUCUGUUACUGUAAUUAUUAUUGGUAACAGUUUAUCUGUGAUUAUUAUUUGGGUAUAUUGCUUCUGUCUUCCCCUACGUACCUGGGAAAAUCGCGGUAACUUCCUGAGAAAACACUGUAUCACACUAGUAAUAAUUUCUCCCCCUUUUCAGGUACGUUGUUAAUGUAUAAACCUUGUAGGCUUGACUGUGGUGAGUUGGUGUCAUGUUAAGAGUGUCGAGAGUGUUUAGGGGAUAGAUUGAAUGUUGCGUUUGUGAAGUGCAAAGACCUGCUCGUAGGCUAGCUAGAGCUAACUGUGAAGUCGCAUACAUUUUGUAAUAUACUUUGCAUAAUCACUUUUUAUCUCGAUUUCUGUAUUGUUUCAUGCACUGUUUACUUUGAAGGAUUUGAGAGUUUGGCAGUUACCUUGUGCUUAGGCGGGGCGUUUCUAGGUUUCUGAAACAUCCGGGGCUUAGCCCAAGAGGGAAUAGGACAGUGCGCGUGCUGCAAAUUUUGUUGUAUACUUUAUUGCGCAUGCAUUUCUUUUCAUAAUGCUUUACCUAAAUAAAAAAAAUAGGCAGGUAAUUACAGCUUUGAAUAGCUACCUGACUGCUGCUUAUCCCCAGACAUCUAAAGUUCCAUUCAAGUUAUUUCAGAGUAAAAUUAAUACAAGUGAGACAGACCUUACAUUACCUAUAUCAGGUGUGUCAAACUCAUUUUCACAAAGGGCCACUCUAUGAUGAAAUGAUAAUCAUACUAAGGGCCGACAUUGAGUUUGCUGACAUGCUUUCUUUUUAAUCCAAAAAGUAAAAACAACAUAUCUAUGGAUAUAUUGUAUACAACCUGCGUACAGGGUCAUAUAGGCUAGGUUUCAUUUCAACAUUUUGGGGGACAAAUUAUAGGUGGGGGGUAUGGGGGUGCUCCCCCAGAAAUGUUUGAGCGUCAAACACUUAAUUUCCUGCAUUCUGGUGGAUUUUUAUUCAUCUAUCUGUGCCUUUUCUGCAUCAUUUUAUAGUGGAAAUAUUUUUUUUUUCUGUGAAGGAAAAGACAACAUUCAGUGUUCCUAAAGAAUUAACUAUUAUGGAAUAUAAUGCAGUAAGGCUCUCAGGCAUCCUGCAUUUUUCAAAACUUUCUGCAAAUUGAAAACAUAUCACAUGUUUUGGGUAUUUCUUUUUUAGAGAAUCAUGAAUCAGCACCCGUGUUAACUAUUUAUGACCAGUGUUGGUCAAGUUACUUGGAAAAAGUAAUUAGUUACUGAUUACUGAUUACUUAUCCAAGAAUGUAAUCCUGUUACUUUACUGAUUACUUAUUUUCAAAAGUAAUUAGUUACUUUACUAAUUACUUUACUUAGUUACUUUUCAAAAACACACUAGCUAUA